GACUCGUUGGAAAACCAGUAAACAACCCCUCCCAUUCUCUCUCUACUCCCUGCCCUUCAUCAUUCCACCCAACCAACCCACUAAAAAACUGUUAAAAAAGAAUCUAGUCAAGGGAGAAAAAAUCCGAGAGAGAGAGAGAGAUCAAAUGCCUAACAUAAACCCUUCCAAACCCAAACAUAAACUCCAGAAUCCUCCGACAAACCAAGGAAAAAAAAGCAAGAGACGAGGAAACUAAAGAUAGAAGGGGAUCCCAAAUCAGGCACCAAAAUGGCCGGCCUCCACCUCUCCUCCAUCCUUCCAAACCCCAACCGUCGGACUCUGGCCUUCAUUUUUUUGACCGCCCUCCUCUGCCUCCUCUCCUACCUCCUCGGCAUCUACCAAAACUCCCGCUCUUCCCUCCCUUCCCCUCUCCCCGCCCACCGCGCCGCCGCCGACUGCCUCCUGCGCCCACUCCCCCGCCCCCCUUCCUCUGCCGGCGCCGACCUCGACUUCCUUCCCCACCACUACGCCGCCACCGCCCUCCCCCCGCUCCCCGAUGGCGACCUCCCUCCGAUCCCCUUCUGCGCCCACAACUUCACCGACUACUGUCCCUGCCAAGACCCCACCCGCGAGCGCCGCUUCCCCAUGCACAACCUCGAGCACCGCGAGCGCCAUUGCCCCGCACCCGACGAGCGAGUCCGCUGCCGCAUCCCUCGCCCGGAAGGGUAUCGGACUCCUUUGCCGUGGCCGGCCAGCCGCGACCGUGCCUGGUUCGCCAACGUGCCCUCCAAGAGGCUCAGCAUCGCCAAGGCCGAACAGAAUUGGGUCCGGGUGGAGGGGAAUUGGCUGGUGUUCCCUGGCGGUGGGACGUCUUUCUCCCAGGGUGUGAAAUGGUACGUUGACCAGAUGGCCAAGCUCUUCCCGCUCAAGAGCGGGGAGGUCCGGACGGUUCUUGAUAUCGGGUGCGGGGUUGCCAGCUUUGGUGGCCAUCUGCUGGACUAUAACAUUUUAACAAUGUCUGUUGCACCAAGAGACGUGCAUGAAGCUCAAGUACAGUUUGCCCUUGAACGUGGACUGCCUGCCAUGCUCGGAGUCCUAAGUGUUCACAAGCUACCAUAUCCAUCAAGGUCCUUCGAUAUGGUGCACUGUGCAAGAUGUUUGAUCCAGUGGGCUGGUUUUGAUGGGUUGUAUUUGUUGGAGAUUGACCGGGUUCUUCGACCUGGUGGGUACUGGGUUUUGUCAGGGCCACCCAUCCAUUGGAAAAGAUUAUACAAGGGUUGGCAGCGGAAGCCUCAGGAUCUACAAGCAGAGCAGAAUGCUAUAGAAGAUCUUGCUAGACGACUUUGCUGGAAGAAGGUUUCGGAGAAGGACACAAUUGCAGUAUGGAGAAAACCAACUAAUCAUCUUCACUGCUCCAAAAAGUCCAAGAUUUUGAAAUCUCCACCUUUUUGUGAAGGAACUGACCUGGAUUUUGCUUGGUAUAAGAAGAUAGAGUUAUGCAUUACUCCUCUGCCGAAGGUGGAAGUAGCUGAGGAUGUAGCUGGCGGUUCUCUUGAAAAGUGGCCUAGAAGACUGAAUGCUGCACCUCCAAGGAUAACCGCUGGGAGCAUAAAGGGGAUAACAGUCAAGACCUUCUAUCAGGACAAUCAAAUAUGGAACCAAAGAGUUGUGCAUUAUGAGGCAUAUUUGAGCUCUCUCAAAGAGGGUAAAUACAGAAACAUUAUGGACAUGAAUGCUGGUUUGGGAGGUUUUGCUGCUGCAAUGUCCAAAUAUCCAGUUUGGGUCAUGAAUGUCAUUCCUGCAGAUGGAACAAACAAUACUCUUGGUAUCAUCUAUGAGCGUGGACUUAUUGGAACUUAUAUGAACUGGUGUGAAGCUUUCUCUACUUAUCCCCGCACAUAUGAUCUAAUACAUGCUGAUGGGUUGUUGAGCAUGUACAUCAAUAAGUGUGACAUUGUUGAUAUCCUACUUGAAAUGGAUCGUAUUCUUCGCCCAGAGGGGGCUGUCAUAAUUCGAGACCAUGUUGAUGUUGUUGUGAAAACAAAGAGAGUUGCUGAACAGUUAAGAUGGCAAAGCAGGAUUGUUCAUAGCGAAAAGGGGCCCUUCCAUCCUGAGAAGCUUCUCAUUGUUGACAACUCCAUAGCAGCAAGUGCAAAUUAGGCCAACAAAAACAAUCCCUUGAUCCAGCAUUUGUAUGGAUGACAGUACUAUCAUGAUUUAACAGAGAAAGUAUUUGUUUUCUUAUCUCCUUUUUCUGAAGGGAGUAGAACAUAAAGAAUAAGGAGGACAUCAGGAAAAAGGAUGAGUCAGAUUUUUACCCAGACGCUUUAUUCCAAGGUGUCAACUAUGAGAUCCUGAAUAUUCGCCAGUGACACAUCAGCAAAUUCUUUGGGAAUGCCAGAGCUGGAUGAUUUGUUUGUGACCCACAUCAGCUAGCAAGCACCAGCACCUUGUUAUUUACCAUGAUAUAUCUAUGUUGUAUACUAUGGACCCUUUUUCCAGUCAAUUAGAGCUCUUGACUUUUAAAUGAAGAAAGUUAUUUUUCUUCCUGGUUUGAAGAUUAUCAGGUGGGUCUCAUGUCAUGGCUCUCGUUUAUGCUAGGAGUUGGUUUUUGAGAUUUCUUAUUUUUCUGUAGAAGUGAUCGCCCAAGUUCGCAUGAAGUUCCAAGCUAAACCAGUUUGUAUCUUUAGAGAAUCGGUGGAAAAUGUUUUUAAUGAUUAAUUGAUUUCUGGUAACUUUAUGGUUGAGCUACCUAUUAGAUGUCAAUCGGUGGGAAGACAGUCCUCAAGAGGCCCUGUUCCUCUGAAAGUAGCACCAUGUGGCAGUCCCGAGUCUCAAGCUAAUCAGCAAAAGAACCUUGACAAGGGAAGUAGAUUGGUUCUAUUUUGAUCAUAGUAGGUCUCUUAUCAGCUUAUUGUAAUGUCCAAAAACCGUUCAAGGAUAUGUGAUUUUUCAUAUUUUUGAAAUCCAUGGGAGGAGAGAGGACAGCUUCAGAAUCUGUAGAUCACUUAUUCAUACAUUUACAUGUGUCCGAAGUAUUCGAGGAGCUCCAAUCUCUGAGCAUAUAAAGGCAAGUCAUAUAUCCUGUAAUCUCUUGGGACUACCUGAAGAAAGAAGAGAGUUAUCAAGAAGUUCAAAAAAGCCAGAAACCAACUGUUAUUGGCAGCCUUCUGGCAGGUGUGGAAAGGAUGCAACGCCAGAGUUUUCUUGGGUGAAAGUUCUUACAGGUCUGCUUUCCAUGCUGCUCUGCGAGCGUUUGAAGAUUGGGUCAUUUCUAGUUCAAAGAUUGCAUCGUUUAUGUUUGAGCUCUAAUCUUAAUGGUUUUAGUGAACUGCCUCUGUUUUUAGUCAUGAGACUGUACUAACUGCCUCAAAAUGUAACCAAUCUUUUAUAUCUUAACAAAAUGAUGGGGAGGUCUUUUCCCUCCCCUUAUUCUCUGGAAAAA